AGGAAGUGACGCGCGUGGCCACGGAAAACAAGAUGGCGCCGGUGGGUCUGAAGGCCGUCGUCGGAGAGAAAAUCCUAAGUGGAGUAAUCAAGAAUUUGAAGAAAGAUGGAGAAUGGAAGGUUCUGCUCGUGGAUCAUCUCAGUAUGAAGAUCUUGUCCUCCUGCUGUAAGAUGUCCGACAUCAUGGCGGAAGGCAUCACCAUUGUUGAAGAUAUCAACAAGCGCCGGGAGCCAAUUCCUAGCUUGGAGGCCAUUUAUUUGAUUACACCGUCGGAAAAGUCCGUGAGAGCGCUGAUGGCUGAUUUCAAAGACACUCCAACAUUCAUGUACAAAGCAGCCCACGUUUUCUUCACUGAUACUUGCCCCAGGGACCUGUUCACUGAGCUGGGAAAAUCGCGGUGCACCAAAGUCAUCAAAACUCUCAAGGAGAUUCACGCUUCCUUCCUCCCUCACGAAUCCCAGGUUUACUCGCUGGACGCUGCACAGUCAUUCCAUUCCUUCUUCAAGCUCAAAGCCAUCGACAACAACAGCAUGAUGGAAGAUCUUGCUGAACAGAUAGCGACACUGUGUGAAACACUGAAAGAAUAUCCAGCCGUUAGAUUCAGGAAGGGCCCGGAAAUCAACUCCGUACUCGCCAAUCUGGUCCACGAUAAACUGAACGCGUACAAAGCAGAUAAUCCCAACAUGGGAGAGGGACCUGACAAAGCUCGCUCACAGCUGCUGAUAGUGGACCGAGGCUAUGACCCGGUGUCGCCCAUCCUACAUGAGCUCACUCUGCAGGCCAUGGCUUACGACCUGCUCCCGAUCAACCAGGAUAUUUACUCGUACGAUACGACGGGGGUGGGAGACUCGCGAGUGAAGGAGGCCCUUCUGGACGAAGACGAUGAUCUCUGGGUGAAACUCCGUCACCUCCACAUCGCUGACGUGUCCAAAAAAGUAACGGAGUUACUGAAGACAUUCUGUGAAAGCAAAAGGCUGACGACUGAUAAGGCUAAUCUGCGGGAUUUGUCUCACAUACUAAAGAAAAUGCCUCAGUAUCAAAAGGAGCUGAGCAAAUACUCCACAUACUUGCACUUGGUAGAAGAUUGCAUGAAGUUCUUCAAGGGCUCGGUCGAAAAGAUGUGUAAAGUUGAACAGGACCUUGCGAUGGGGACGGACGCAGAGGGGGAGAAGGUCAAAGAUCCCAUGAAGAUCAUUGUGCCAAUACUGUUGGACAGCACCGUCAAGUCCCUCGACAAGAUCAGGAUUAUCCUCCUCUACAUCUUACACAAGAACGGCAUCUCCGAGGAGAACAUCACCAAACUUAUCCAGCACGCCAACAUCCAAGAGGACAGCAAUAUCAUCAAGAACGUGGAGUACCUGGGCGCCACCAUCAUUUCCGGGACGGGAUCCGGUGGGAAGUCUAAACUCGAGAGGAAACAGCAAACCGGGUCGACCUACCAGCUCUCCAGAUGGGUGCCGGUCAUCAAAGAUGUUAUGGAGGAAGCCACGGAGGAGAAGCUGGACAAAAAACACUGGCCGUUUGUUUCGGACCCAGCUCCCACCGCACCCACCCAACCGGUCGUCAGCAGCGUUCGCUUUCAGUGGCACAAGAACAAGACGGAGGCCGAGUACAGGACCGGCCCCCGGCUGAUCAUCUUCAUCAUCGGGGGCGUCUCCAUGUCCGAGAUGCGCUGUGCGUACGAGGUCACCAAACAGACGGACAACAAGUGGGAGGUGUUGAUCGGGUCCACUCACAUCCUGACCCCGGAAGUUUUCCUGGAAAAUCUGAGGAGUCUGGACAAGCCCUCCGAGCCCCAGACAUGAGCCGGUUUGUGACCUGCCGUCUUCAACACCUCCUGGAAUCAUCUGAGCGUAAUUCCCCCCCCACCCCCUCUCUGC